CUGUAGCCCUGCACUCCCUUUGUCCGGUUACAGUAUAUCAAGCUUAGCUCGCGGAGAACAUAAGCGAGCAGAGGAGGAAAAAGGAGAGAAAGAGGAUGGAAGGUGCUCACUGGGACGCUUUGCCUCUAUUCUUGGUUGCAGGAUUUGUGAGCUUCGCUCUGUUCUACCUCUAUAACAUCCUCUGGCUAAGGCCAGAAAAGAUCAGAAACAAACUGAGGAGCCAAGGAAUAAAGGGCCCUUCCCCUUCCCUUUUCUACGGGAACAUAUUGGAUAUGAGGAGGAUGGUCCAAGGAGAGAAGAAGAUCCAAAAGGAUGGCAGCCGGCAUUUAGCAGCCGGUUAUACCUCUGCUUUGUUUCCUUACUUCAUGAGGUGGAGGAAAGAAUAUGGUCCAACAUUUAUUUACUCAACGGGAAGCAUGCAACUAUUGCAUGUCGGUCACCCUGAUCUCGUGAAGGAGAUAAGCAUCUGCAAGUCUUUUGAUUUAGGGAAGCCUUCAUACAUGCAGAAGGAACGUGGAGCUCUCUUCGGUGAGGGCAUUAUAACAUCAAAUGGCGCUGUUUGGGCUCACCAGAGGAAAAUUAUAGCACCAGAGUUCUUCAUGGACAAAAUUAAGCACAUGGUAAACGUAAUUGUGGAGGCCACAAUUCCAUUUUUGGAGUCAUGGGAGAGCCUGCUUAAGAGUGAGGGAGGAACAAGAGAAAUUGUAGUUGAUGAGGAUUUAAGAAGCUUUUCAGCAGAUGUACUCUCCAGAGCUUUUUUUGGAAGUAGUUAUGCUAAAGGUGAAGAAAUAUUUUCUAGACUUAGGCAACUUCAGAAGGCAAUGUCAAGGUCAAGCAUACUUAUUGGGAUUCCUGGCUCAAGAUUCUUACCUACAAAGAACAAUAGAGACAUAUGGAGAUUAGACCGAGAGAUCAGGUCCUUGAUCUUAAAUGUAGCAAAUGAACGUAGAGAAGGCUCACUGGGUUCAUCAAAGAAGGAUCUAUUACAAUCCAUUAUCGAUGGUGCCGGUGCCAUCCAUGCCAAGCCCAGCACUAUCAAUGGAUUCAUCAUCGAUAACUGCAAGAGCAUCUACUUUGCAGGGCAUGAGACAACUGCUAUCACUGCUACAUGGUGCUUAAUGCUUCUUGCUUCACAUCCAGAAUGGCAAGCUCGUGCUCGUGCUGAACUGUUGGAGGUCUUUCAGGGAAGAUUACCAGAUGCUGACAUGCUUCAUGGGUUAAAAACGUUGACAAUGGUGAUCAAAGAGACUCUUCGACUGUAUCCUCCAGCAGCGCUUGUGACACGAGAGGCUUUUCAAGACAUGAAGCUUGCAGGUAUCUACAUUCCAAAAGGCAUCAUUCUAUCAGUCCUGAUAUCAGAACUCCACCGUGACCCAGAGUUUUGGGGACCUGAUGCUGAUGAGUUCAACCCCGAGAGGUUUGCACAUGGAAUCAGCAGUGCUUGCAAAUCUGCUCAUGCAUACAUACCAUUUGGGAUCGGAAUUCGCAUAUGUGCAGGUCAGAACUUUGCUAUGCUGGAACUGAAGAUUGUCCUCUCUCUUCUUCUAUUGAAGUUUAGCUUCUCUCUGUCGCCGAGAUAUAUCCAUUCCCCAGCUUUUAGAUUGACUGUAGAGCCUGAGUUUGGUGUACCGCUUAUUGUGAAGAAGCUGUAACUGUCAUAAUGAUAUGGUGUUCAAAGGUCAUGACUCUUUAAUGAGCUUGUUUCAUUGAUGAUUUCAGGAAAACAUUUUAUGAAUGUUUUGGUCUUGCUUUGAUAAUCGACUAUGUAUUGAUAGAAAUAAUCAAUUAUUUAGCUUACAGAAAA